AUGACGAGAGCCUCCUCUCCAAGCAGGUCAUUAGAUCUCACUGAAGAUAUCAAGCCUGACCCGUUAGAUAACCCCAGUCUAAGUGAUCUUCCGGAUGUUGAUCAUGAUCGUCUUAUUGAGAUGGAGCGUACAUGUGUACGAAAGCUAGACUUGAUCAUUGCGCCACUUAUUGGUGCCUUCAAUUUUCUCGUAAUCCUCAUUGAUAGGUCUAAUAUUGGAUUUACGGACACCCAAGGAAUGUCAACAGAUCUGAAUCUUAAGGGAACCGAAUUGAAUGUCGCAAUAUCCAUUUUCUAUGUUUUCUACGUGUUGUCAGAGUUACCCAUUUCUAUGGUCGCAAAGCGAUGGAAAUUUGAGCGCAUUCUCCCCUCUCUCACAAUUGCCUUUGGAGCUGUCACACUUGGUAGCGGAUGGAUUACGAGCUAUGCAGGACUAGCUGCAACAAGACUGAUCCUGGGGUUAUUCCAGGGUUGUCUAUUUCCCUGUCUUGCUCUUUUUGUGGCAAACUGGUACAAAAGAGAGGAGUUAGCGGUUCGCAUGGCGUUUUUAUUUGCAUCAUCCGCUCUUGCUGGUGCUUUUGGAGGUUUAGUGGCCUUUGGUAUCUAUCACAUGAAUGGAGCAGCCAAUAUUUCAGGUUGGCGAUGGAUUUACAUCAUCGAGGGUUGUGUGACUAUCGCCUUUGGCUUCGUAUCUUUUUGGCUCGUGCCUAGCUCAUUUGAGACGGCCUGGUUUUUGAACGAUGACGAUAAAGUCGCAAUGCGGCGUCGCGCAGAGGUUAUGCACCAGUAUAGUGGUGGACGAGGACAUUUUGGAUUCAAGCACAUUGUUUGGGCUGCCAAGGAUAUCAAGACUUGGUUGCAUGCAUGCUUGCAAUUUUGUGUGAUGACUCCACUCUACGGGUUCAAUAACUUCUCACCUAUAAUCAUUGAAGACGGACUCGGCUUUAGCAGUGUUCAAGCUCAGUAUCUUGUCAUUCCAGUGCAAAUGUGGUGUGCCAUUAUCUACGUGUCUGUCGCAUGGCUUUCUGAUAGAAUACAGCGCCGCUAUAUCUUUGUGAUGAUUUUUGGAUCAAUCACCGCCUUAGGAUACAUUCUCGUCCUAUGUCCAAUCCCGGCUGGUGCACAAUACUUCUCCACAUUCUUGAUCACUACUGGAAUGUACAUCAUUGCCGGUAUCAACUUAUCUUGGACCUCUUUGAACUCAGCUCCGGAUGGGAAACGAGAUGCCACUAUGGGCAUCACUUUGACUUUGACGGAUCUCGCUGGCGUUGUGGUCGGCCAGAUUUACCCUUCAAAGGAUACACCAAAGUACUAUCUUGGGAAUGGCUGGACCCUCGGGAUGGUCCUUUUAUCCUUGGUUUUGUUCACAGCAGUGAAGAAGGUCUACGAUUUACGCAACGAGAAAAAGGGUAACGGGGAAGGAGAAACACAAACCGUUCAAUGGGAUGACCAUGCUGAUGACUUUGCUUAUCUCACAUAA